AGUAUAAUUCCUCUUAAACAUCUUCUGGCAAAGGAUUGUGAACUUGUAUGCAUGUUAAAUCACUGUUCAGAAUUAUAACACAGGAGGGCGAGAGAAAUUAAAAGUAACUCAAGAAUAACGUCACUCGCCCCCAAAUGUAGGCUGGCUGGAAGGGGGGGGGAACCGCUCGCGCCUCAUCCGUGGUCAGAGAGAAAGCGUGGGGGAGGAAGACAAGACACUUGGACAGAGGAAGCGUGUGGGUAGAAGACAACACACCGCGUUAUCAAGAAAGAACUUCUAACGCAAAGAUAGCGGGUUUCACGAUACUCAUUUCAGCCAGUUGGAUUUUGUCUUCUAAGUUGCUCAACCACCGCUAGACGUUUUGCACAACUUGGAAAACCUAUCCGUACUGAGAGCAGUUUAACCAGGUCUGAAAGGAGCCGUUUGUCUCUGACUCUUCUCCCAGACUCCACACAGCAGGUGUGUAGUUGGUGAGAAGCCAGCUGGCUGGCCUUGGAGACACUUAUUCACUACGAUGUAGAGUCCAGCAGUGAACUAAGGCGAGAAAGACGAGAGAAAAAGAGUGGAAAAACAGCCACCCCAACUGCACAUUACACACGCAGACGGACGGAGAGAGUGUAACGACCAGGGGCGAGUAAGAGGUUGCUGGAAGUAGUCAUAGCAAAAAGAGGAACAUCAGUAUCACAACCACUCCAGGAGGAAAUAAGAGCGCGAGAAAGAGAGGUCGGUUGUGAAUCAUUGACCUCAGGCCCCGCCUCUCAAACAGUCUCUCUUCCUCCUUGUUUUCCCUGAACUAGAGGUGUUCAUUGUCUUCCCCGCCUCCGUCCGCCCAGGACCACGUCCUCCACCCUCUCCCUUUUCCUAAAGACCCUGAGGACCUGUAACCUCUGGACCGCCUUGCGCCUUUCGCGGAAUACCAGUGUCGACGUACCCGUUUCUUUCGUAGCGGAACAACGAUACCAUAAACCGCUCGGAAAACGACAUCACCACGAUGUGUCACGUGAUCGUGACCUGUCGCUCCAUGCUCUGGACUCUGCUCAGCAUAGUGGCCGCGUUCGGCGAACUCAUCGCCUUCAUGAGCACCGAUUGGCUGGUGGGCUCCCCUCGGACGCCGGACGCCGUGUUCGGUCCCCACGGCGCCACCUCGGCUGGCGAGGCCUACCGGCCCACCCUGGGCAUCUACGGCCGCUGCAUCAAGCUGCCCCAUCUGCGGCGCGGCGUGCUGUGCGGGCCGUACGCCGUGCACUUCGGGGAGAUAGCCAGCGGGUUCUGGCAGGCGGCGUCCAUCUUCCUGGCGGCAGGGAUCCUGCUGCUGUGUGCCGUGGCCUUCAUCUCAGUCUUCACAAUGUGCUUCCAGAGCAUCAUGAAGAAGAGCAUCUUCAACGUGUGCGGACUGCUGCAGGCCAUCGCAGGUCUGUUUCUGAUCCUGGGUCUGAUGCUGUACCCUGCAGGCUGGGGUUCAGACAAGGUGCAGCUGUACUGUGGUCAGGACGCCUCCCCCUACCGGGCCGGACUAUGCACCAUGGGCUGGGCUUUCUACACAGCCAUGGGCGGCACCGUGCUCACCUUCGUCUGUGCUGUGUUCUCCGCCCAGGCCGAGAUCGCCACGUCCUCGGACAAGGUGCAGGAGGAGAUAGAGGAGGGCAAAAGUCUCAUCUGUCUGCUCUGAGACGAACUAGGAGGGAGAAGGAGGUCAACCCCCCCCCACUUCAAUCAAUCAGAUGGCCCCUGUAAUGUUUACCACUACGAAUGACUCUGAUAUUUGACUUUAGACCCUGUAUUGUUUUGUUGUUUAUGUGGGACAAAUCUACAGUGCCAAGCGUUCCAGUGAUUUCAGUGUAGGACCUGUUUGUGCCACCAGUGGUGCUGUCUGUUGUUUUGUGUUUAUUAUUUCUGAGGUGUGCCAGUAGCAGCUACGCUGACACCUGGAUGUGUGCAUUGUAAAUAUGUGUGUAUAUACUGUACAUAGUGAUGAUGCUCUGAGAAUGGUGGUCCUCUCAGCUUUGUUCGGGCUGCGUUUUAAAUGAUGUCAUUCUUGCCUUGAAUGCUGGUGUGAUAAGGUCACCACGAAAAUACCAGCCCACCUGGUGCUAAUCUUCUGUUGUAACUAAAAACGCCAGGAAAAAGUUGCCUUACUAUGGAUCUGGGAACACAACACCGAAUCAAAUCCAGAUCUAAGAGGAAGAUAACACAGUGUCUGACCCUGAACCAGUAGUUAGAGGUAACUUCUACCAAGUCCAACUUAAGCCAGGUGUGAGUAACUCUGCAAGGGAACCACUACUCAGUUAAGUAAACUACUCACAGACAUGGCCCAACAUGGAAUCAUGAUGUCCUUAAAGCUUACAGAAUGUACUGUCCGGUCAAACGACCAAUGUAUGUCUUCUUGGACCUUUGAAAUGUAAUGUUGAGAGAGCUGCCACGAGUCACACAGACCGCGUGGGCUAGCUAAGAGAGAUGGGCUGUGUGGGUCUUUUUUUAUUGUGUGUGAGAGACUGUGCUUGCCUCCAUUUUCAGAUAUUGAGGUAAUUUUGCCCGGACCCCUGGCUCCGAUGACCCUGGCCUGGUCUCUUUAGGUCCUCAGUAGACCUCCUAUAAUCUGCACAAGGACUUGGGACAAUGACACAACUAUUUCUAUUAGUGUCUGGUUUCAGGGAGGAGCCUUGUUCCUUUGACACCAAGGGAGGGCCAGUAUUUCCUCAGUCUCUCUCUGCCAAACCAAUAAAAACAGAAUGAAAAUGAA